AUGAGUCGGUCCCAAGUGUAUUUUGACGUUUCCAUUGGCGGUGAGACCGUUGGUCGUAUCGCCUUUGAGCUUUUCAAUGAUAUUGUUCCUAAAACAGCAGAGAACUUCCGCGCCUUGACCACGGGCGAGCCAGGGUUUGGAUACAAAGGAUCUAUUUUCCACCGUGUGAUCAAGAGCUUCAUGAUCCAGGGUGGUGACUUUACCAACUUCAAUGGUACCGGGGGCAAGUCCAUAUAUGGCGAGAAGUUUGAGGACGAGAACUUUGAGCUUAAACACGAUAAGCCGUUUUUGUUGUCUAUGGCCAACGCGGGCAAGAACACAAACGGAUCUCAAUUCUUCAUCACCACCGUUCCAACGCCGCAUCUUGACGGAAAACACGUUGUUUUCGGUAAGGUGAUUGCGGGAAAGUCGAUUGUCAAGCUGAUUGAGAACACAGAAACGGACUCUGGCGAUAAGCCUAAGCUCGAAUGCAAGAUUGAGGCCUGCGGUGAGCUCAAGCCUGGUGACCCAUUGAAACUCGACGACGGUACUGGCGACCCAUACGACGAACUUCUUGAGGACGAGCCAACGGUCGAUAUCAGUAAACCAGAGACCGUUUUCAAGGCUGUUGAUGAGAUCAAAGCCAUUGGAACCAAGUUCCUGAAACAAGGCGAUUUGAAAAUCGCAUUCGCCAAGUACAAGAAGGCUAUUUCGUACUUGGACUCUUACUUCCCAGACGACCUGUCGGAAGAGGACAUUGAGAAGCUUAAUAAACUGAAAUGCUCGUGCUACUUGAAUGCUUCAUUGGCAGCUUUGAAGACCAAAAAGGUUCCAGAAGCAAUCAAAUACGCUACUGAGGCAUUUGAGUCUGAGAACGCAGACGUUCAAGCCAAGGCCAAGGCGCUGUUCCGUCGUGGAAGCGCAAAGUUGGCUGGUCACAACGAGGAAGAUGCCAUUGCCGACUUCGAGCACGCUUCCAAACUUGUUCCUUCAGAUGGUGCAAUCAAGAGUUCUCUUGCCAACGCUAAAAAGGUGUUGAAAGACAGACUGGCGAAGGAACGUGCCGCAUACAGCAAAUUCUUCAACUAA